UUCGCACAUCACUGAUCACACUUUCAACAAACGCUUAUACGUACAUGGCUUUCUUCUACCACUCUCUCCUCAUUUUCAUCUCUCUCUCCACAUCUCUCUCCGCCGCAACUCAACAGCCCUUCCUUCUCACCAUCGUCAACAACUGCCCCUUCACCAUCUGGCCCGCCAUCCAGCCCAACUACGGCCACCCCGUCCUCGAAAACGGCGGCUUCUGUCUCCCCGCUCUCUCCCACCGCUCCUUCCCCGCCCCCACCUCCCCUUGGUCCGGCCGCAUCUGGGCCCGCACCCACUGCUACACCUCCCCCUCCCACCACUUCUCUUGUGCAACCGGUGACUGCGGCACCGGCAAGCUCGAAUGCAUGGGCCACGGCGGCUCUCCUCCCGCAACCCUAGCUCAGUUCUCGCUCCACCACGGCCCCACCGACCUCUCCUCCUACGCCGUCAGCUUAGUCGACGGCUUUAACGUCCCCAUGACGGUCACGCCUCACGAGGGUCACGGCGUUUGCCCCGUCGUGGGAUGCAAGGGGGAUCUGCUUGCCACGUGUCCCAGAGCGUUGCAAGUGAGGGCGAGUGGGGGACACGUGGUGGGGUGUAAGAGCGCGUGCGAGGCGUUUGGGAAGGAUGAGUUCUGUUGCAGGGGGCAUUUCAACAGUCCGCAGACGUGCAAGCCGUCGAGCUAUUCUGAGUUCUUUAAGAGCGCGUGUCCGUCGACGUUUACGUACGCGCAUGAUACUCCCUCGCUGACGCAUGAAUGUUCUGCGCCACGGGAGCUCAAGGUCAUCUUCUGUCACUAAAUGCGAAUACUACUGCUGAAGAAAGAAGAAUACUGUAGUUUGAUAUUUCUGAGGAGAUUAUCAUUGCAGAAGAAAUCAUCUUAUCAUUUUAAUGUGCUAAAUUGUGGUAAUAUCUAGAUUUGCAUGGAGCUGCGAUGUCAGAUUAGAUAACAUAUGUUUUUGAAGGACUUGAUGUCAAGUGUUUUGCUGCCGUAUACAUGUAUUGUUUUGUUUUGUGUACUG